AUGGACAUUUCCAAGGCUUUCGAUACCGUUGACCACUCCAAUCUGUUACAAAAACUUCGCGAUUUCGGUCUAUCUGGCUCUCUUUUGUUGUGGUUUGAAAACUAUCUAUCAGGUCGCUGUCAACGAGUAACUGUUCACGGUGCGACAUCUACUCCCUUACCAAUAACAUCCGGAGUCCCACAAGGUUCAUUGCUGGCUCCCUUCCUCUUUUUGGUGUACAUUAACGAUUUGCCCGAUAACAUAUCCAUUUCUACUGGGGUCGGUUUGUAUGCUGAUGAUACCAAACUGCACAGAUGUGUGCAAAAUCGUAACGAUGCACUGGCAUUGCAAUCGGAUAUUCAAAGCCUCCAUUGUUGGUCAAAUGAGAACAUGUUGAGCUUUAACAAAUCGAAGUGUAAAGUGUUGACUAUCACGAGAAGGAAGUCUCCCUUAAUUUACCCAUAUGCAAUUGGCGAUCACCAACUGUUGUCUUCUGAUGUAGAGUCCGAUCUGGGCAUUACGAUCAGUUCUAAACUAUUAUGGAAUGUUCAGAUCAACAAAGUUCGGUCAAAAGCCAACAAAACGCUCGGGUUAAUCCGACGUUCUACCAUAGAGAUAACGGAUACCAACGCGAGAAGGCUUCUGUACCUUCAACUUGUGCGAAGUAACUUCUCCUAUGCAACCCAAGCCUGGUGUCCCCAGUCAGUGAAACUUAUUGAGGACGUUGAGAAAGUGCAGAGACGAGCAACUAAAUACAUACCAAAUCUUGGGUUUAUCACAGACAUUUCUUACAAGACAAGACUCCUUCAGCUUGACAUAUUACCUGUCUCAUAUUGGCACGAAUACUUGGAUCUGGUGUUCCUCUACAAGAUCAUCAACAAUCUUACGUACAUUGACGAACGUGCUCUACCGAUCAUGGCUGGAUCAGGAAUUACAAGAAGUGAAUCCAACGCAAACCUAAUUAGAUUUGUUAUUCCUUAUGCGAAAACCGUAACAUUCCAGACCUCAUUUUUUAUAAGAACUUGCAAAACGUGGAACAUAUUAGAUAGUAACUUGCGUACUAGAGAUAUAGGUUUGGUGUCUUUUAAAUCAGGUCUUAAACUCUACUACAAACAUGCACUAUCCAAAACAUUCAAAUGUGACGAUCCGCGCACCUGGAAAUCAGUGUGUGUAAAGUGCAAAAGAGCCAGAUCGCUUAACAAUGUAAUAAGUUGUUGUUAGUCCUAUAAUCUAUAUUAUUGAACUUGGACAGCCUUAUUAGUUUUAGCUUGUUGAGUUGCUUGAAAAUUUGUUUUGUACAGUAAUUUUAUUCUUGUUUAUAUGGGAUCGCCGUAAUUGGGGAAACCUGUGGCGAAUUCCCUGGCUCUAUAUGUUGUAUUUAAAUAGUAGCCGAAUCUUAUUAAAUUAAAUUAAAUUAAAUGAAACACUUGUUCUCGUUUGACAAGCACACCAGAUUCAGGAAACGCUCACUCUCGUUCAACCAGAGUUUUAGAGAUUUCUUGUGCGCACCACAACUUUUUUCACUCCGCUUGCUUUCCUUUUCCGGGUAUUAAUAGCCGAGCGGAAUUAGUACCCUCGCUACGCGCGUGCUUAGGGAUCAAACGUAUCAAUGUGAAAAUUUAUGUGGCAAAUGGACAUUGCGCAAUGCUAAACUGGUUAAAUUUUGGUUAAAUUUGGAUUACAAUUACAUGAGCAAUUAGCAAAAGUUUUUUUUCUUUGCCGGGCAGAGUAAACUCGGUUGGCAAAAUACACAAAACUGAUGUGGUUUGCAUUGGGCUUAAUUCGCUAAAAACGUUGCAUUGGGCUUAAUUCGCUAAAAUCUUUGCAUGUUCAAUACCGGUAAUUAACACAAAUACAAGUAAUUUAAUUCGACAACUGCUCUAAAGCAGGUUCGGUUCCUGUCAGGGACCUAAAAUUGCAUUUUUAGCAGCUGUUCCUUAUUAGUCGCCAGCAGUUGACCACUUUCUCAUAAUCUACUUCCAGGACAAAUUUUGUUAUGGCAGAACCGUUUUCGGAAACUGUGAAGGCUCUACGUGCUAGUGUAUCGUGCAACUUUCCCGGUGGUGGUGACUUUUCGAUCAAUAUCGGCACUGACAAUGUGCAAGUAGUCCGAGAAGUGUGUAAAACUGUAACUACACUAGGUGCUCUCUAUUUUGGUUAUAAAUUAAUAAGUCCAAUAAUCGAGAGUGUGGUUAAAAAUGUCUUGGUGAUGAACGAGAUGACACAGAAGUUCGACGUAUCCGACCAGGAUCUUUGCAUGUUCUAUUACACUGUUUUACAGACGAGAGAUUUCUGUAGGUCUUAGCAGAUAUGAAAGAACGCUUGCAGAACGAAUUUUCACAGGUUGGAAUUAAACUAGAAGGACUGAAGGUGGAAAUUGAAAACAUGGUGGAGGUAAACGAAAUAAAGGAAACUAUAGCUAUGAAAACGAGGUAUGCUAGAUGUUUUAUGGAAAUUAUAUAACUCGAUCUUGAAAUUCAAUGAAAACCUCCCCCACCCGCUUCAAGAAAUGCUAACAAUGCAUGUCGUGUAAAGAGUAAUGUCUUUUUUAUGUAAAAAGAAUAAGAACAGGAAAACAUUUCCAUUGGCAAAAUGGUACAAUAAUAGUGAAGGUUUCAAGCAUCUCAAUAUUAUAAUACUUAUUGUUUGUGGAAACACCACAUGAAUUUAUUACUGCAAAGCUCGAUCCGUAAGCCGUAAGCCCGGAUCUUCAUCAUUGCUAAUACUAGGUCAAUUUCCGUGUUGUGUCCACAAACAAGAAGUAUUAUGUUUUAUCGCCAUGCAACCCUACAAAGAACAUCUCAAUAUAGUUUUAAUGCUGAUCUCAUCUUAGCGAUGACGAGAAAAAUGUAAUGGAUGGUGCAGAGAGUGACAUAGUGAAAAAUACGCAGGUAAAUAAACAUUUGAGGGGGAAAAUGCAAUAAAAAUCUUGCAAGUAUCCCAGGCAUACAGCGUCAAUAUUAAUUUAGGGCCUAAGAGUGGCUCGGAAUAAAAAGUAAUAGUUACAUUACCGUACAUUAAUGGAAAAGUUUGUGAAAAAUGGUAUGUGUAGAGAACAUUUUGGGGGGAAAAUUAAGUACCCCCACUUUUGGCCUCUUCCCUACGGCACUCUUCAGUAAUAAAGAACUGCAAUUGCAGUUUAUUCAUAUCUUAUCACAUUCAUAUGUAUUUUAAGGUGUAUAACUUCAUGGUCAUGUUUGAGAGAAAAACAUGAAAGAAAAAAUCUUGAUGUUUACAUGGUAGAAAGUCCAUUUUUCCCACUCCUUUCUGACUGCAGGUCCAAUUUGAUUUUGAUAAAUUCAAACUAUGAAAGUAAAGCAAGCGUUUAUUGCAUAAAGUCAAGUUUCAGUAAAUUGGGUUGAUUUAUUUCUGAGACAUCACAAUUUCUGUUACUUAACCGCGUAGCUCAGUUGGCAGAGCAUUGGGCUAGUAUUCCAAUGGUCUAAUUAGGUUCGAUUCCCACCGUGGCCAGGCAUAUUUUCAAGCGUGCCCGGUGUGGAUAUACACUCAGAGUAACAUCACAAACAUCAUAUUCAUCUGAGUACACAACACCAACACAGAAAAAAUCCUUUAUACCACGUGCCAUACACAUUAAAGACUUUCCUUCCCCCGUAAAUACUAACCAUAUUGUCUAUUUGUUCUUUUCAGCCUGCAAUUGUAGGAUACCGAUUCUUAUACUUUCAAGCUAAUGAAAGAAUUUCAGACACAACUUACCGACCAUGCUAUAUUCUAAUUUAGGGUAGAGAAAUGGAAGAGGAAAUAAAACCAGAACGGGGAUCAGAACAAGAUUCUCAUGACCAGUCAGCAUUAGAGACGAAACAAAAAGCUCUUCAAGAUAUAUUACGACUGUUUGGCGAGAAUCAUUCUGACACUGCUCAAAGCUAUUAUAAUAUUGGAGUCACACAAUAUGAGAUGGAAGAUUACAAGUCAGCAUUAGAGUCAGAUCAACAUGCUCUUCAAAUCAGAUUAAAACUGUUUGGAGAGAAUAAUCCUGACACUGCUCGAAGUUAUCAUAGCAUCGGAGUCACACAAUACGAGAUGAAAAAUUUCAAGUUAGCAUUAAGUUCAUAUCGACAUGCUCUUCAAAUUAGAUUAAAACUGUUUGGAGAGGAUCAUCCUGAAACUGCUCGAAGCUAUUACUGCAUUGGGAUUACACAACAUGAGAUGGAAAAAUACAAGUCAGCUUUAAAGUCACAUCGCCAAGCUCUUAAGAUCAGAUUGAAACUGUUUGGACAAGAUCAUCCAGAUUAUACUGCUCAAAGUCGAAAUGGUGUUGGAGUCACACAACAUGAGAUGAAAAACUACAAAUCAGCAUUAGAGUCACACCAACUUGCUCUUCAAAGCAGAUUAAAACUGUAUGGAGAAGACCAUCCUGACACUGCUGAAAGUUAUGAGAACAUUGGAAUCAUACAACAUCAGUUGAAAGAUUACAAGUCAGCAUUAACAUCAGAUCAACAUGCUCUUCAAAUCAGAUUAAAAGUAUUUGGUGAGAAUCAUCCUGACACUGCUGAAAGUUAUCACAACAUUGGAGUUACAGAACAUGAGAUGGAAGGUUACAAGUUAGCCUUAGUGUCUUAUCAACAUGCUCUUCAAAUCAGAUUAAAAUUGUUUGGAGAGCAUCAUCCUGACACUGCUCGAAGUUAUUACUGCAUUGGAAUCACACAACAUGAGAUGGGAGACUACAAGUUAGCAUUAGAAUCGCAUCAACAUGCUCUUCAAAUCAGAUUAAAACUGUUUGGACAGAGUCAUCCUGACACAGCACAAAGUUAUUACAGCAACGCAGUCACACUGCGUGCAAUGUGUGUCAAUGUGAUCUCCGCAUGGGAAUCACACAUGAAGGGGAAGACCAGAAGUUAG